AUGAGUGACGUGGUGUCCCCCGCAGCUCUCAGUGAAGUCCAACUCCGCUUCCUCUGCCAAGAUGACAUAGACAGCGUCAAGUUGCUCUGUGGUGAUUGGUUUCCAAUCGAGUACCCAGACUCAUGGUAUCAGGAUAUCACAUCCAACAAAAAGUUCUUCUCCCUGGCAGCCACCUUCAGAGGAGGCAUUGUGGGAAUGAUUGUGGCUGAGAUCAAAGGCCGGACAAAAGUACACAAAGAGGAUGGAGACAUCCUGGCCUCCAGUUUUCCUGUGGACACACAGGUAGCAUAUAUUCUGAGUCUGGGAGUGGUCAAAGAAUUUAGAAAACACGGCAUAGGCUCCUUGCUGCUGGACAGUUUGAAGGAGCACAUCUCAACCACAGCACAGGACCACUGUAAAGCCAUCUAUCUGCACGUCCUCACCACCAACAACACUGCCAUCUACUUCUAUGAGAACAGGGACUUCAGGCAGCACCACUACCUGCCCUAUUACUACUCCAUUCGAGGGGUCCUCAAAGACGGAUUCACUUAUGUUCUGUAUAUAAACGGAGGACACCCGCCAUGGACAAUCUUCGAUUAUAUCCAGCACAUCGGAGCCACUCUGGCCAGCCUCAGCCCUUGCUCCCUCCCACAGAGGCUGUAUCGACAGGCCCAUACAGCCGAACAAUGUGACCCAGUGGACACGUGUGUUUUCUGA